UUUCCCUCUUUUUCGUUGACGGGACGUGGCUUGGUAGAGACCGCGGACUCGAGUUCUGAUCUCUACCGCCCGGUAGCCUCCUCCUGCCGCUUCCCACAAGGAGGGAGCAGGCUAGCUACUUAGCUAACCAGCGAAGUCACGGUAGUCUAUUUACUUUGGGCGCUUUCUCUAGCUAACAGCAGUACUGCUGCGGCUGUUCUUGCAUGCAGAUGAAUGAAAAGCUAACCUGACAUGAACCGUGAAACAUCCACAUAUCCACAUCCACAUAUUAGCCAAGUUACCCCGAAACUAAUGCUCGCGCUUGUUUGUAUGGAGUUAGCAUUAGCUAAUUCGUACAGUGUAUCAACAAUAACAUACGCAUGCACUGUUAGCUGAUAUUAUGUAACAUAGCGUAUUUGCAUGUCAACAUUAGCAUAUGCAUUACAAAUUGUUAACAAGUAACGUUACAUAGGUAAGUACCGUUAAUAUUGCUGCUAAUUAUCCAUUAAUUAGCCAAGCAAACCACGGGUGACAGUUCCCCUGACUUGUGUGUGCAGGGAGAAACGGAGGCUGGAGCUGGAGAGGGAACUGUUUGCUUACUCCAGAUCCGAUAAUAGAAUUUCUCCACUGCCUUCAGCUCACAGAUAAAGCGUUCCAAACUGCGCAGUUAUCUCAAGGAAAUCUGUGACAGGGGAGCGCGAGCAAAAAUGAGAAACCUUGAGCUUCUGAGAGAUGUGGAGUGCAUAGAAAUUAGCAUGAAGGAAUAUAGUCCUGACCAUUGUCCCCUGCAACAACAAAAGGCUGACGUUUUCAAAAAGAUUGCCAGAUUUAUGGAAGCAAAGAAGAAUAUAGGGAAAGGGCUUGAUGCAGCAACGGAUGAAGCUGUGUCUAUACAGCACCAGGACAGCUCCCUCUCUAACCCAGCUAGGGAUUUUAAACAACCACCAGCGGUAAUUUUUAUGGGCCGCCAGACCUCCGGAGGGUCUGACGCUGAAGCUGGCACCACAAGUGUACACUCACACCAAGCAUUGCAUCGUUCACCCAAUCGCAGCUUGCACUCCCGCGAACGUCUACCAAGUGGCCUUUUGAAGGACUUCAGAGUUGGCGGAGAGGAUGCUGCCAGCAACCGAGCACAUUUAUCAGAUGACAUUUCAGGCUCAAACGAUUCCCCCGACGGCUGUAAUUUGAGUGACAAACAUGAAAGAACGAUGGCGGCGCUCCCAUCUGUUCCGUCCAUUUGUGCCUUAACAGGCGCAGCUGGCAAAGCGCCUUUCGGAAGUGAUGAUGAACAAGAACCUUCACCUCUGGUGACCUUGACGCGGCCUGAGAAGAGUCCGUCUCCCAGCAGCAGUAGACUCAUGAAGGCUGACGAUUCCCCUGCAGAACACACUGACUCCCGAGAGGUGGCUCAUCAGCCAGCCGUAAUGGAAGACGGAGAGCGAGGUCGCAGCCAUUUCAUGCCUCAAACCACUUUGGGAAAAGAAGCUCAGGAUAUAACAGGUAUACGCGGGAGCGUCAGCACACCGAGCUCCGAUGUGCAGUUGUCGGAGAGCAGUGUUAGUGACCUGUCCAUUUCGCUGACACAAUCUGAGCUGGAAGAGGAUCCGCCUGAGGGUGUGGCACCUGAGAGGAAAGUCACUUCUGGAGGGAGCGAUGAUCACAAUAGGCGCAGCCCUGAAUCAUCCCUCCACUCCGACGGGUUCAAGAACACACCACAGUUAAACUGUGAAUCCUCAGCUCCAGUGGGGACAUUGGAAAGUCUCCGCCAGGAAGGAUUCUUUAAUCUGCUCGACAACAUCGAAGGACGACUCCACGGCGAACGGACCAGUGUGUACGCGGAUUCUUCGAUUGAUGGAAGACAACUCAAUAGAAUUAUCAGCCUUUGUAACCGUGGAGCGGGCUUGAAUGACGAGGACCUUGAAGCAUGUGGAGCAGUCAUCCUUCAUGAGCUUCAGAGGUUGUCAUGGAGCACGGCAAAGGGCUGCCUGCUACCACAGGAUCUAGUGGGUGCUCAGCAGUCCAGCACUGAGCCUAAUGAAAUAAGCGCCAGCCUCCCUCCCGAUGCCGCUCGGCUGUGGGAUCGCUGGUUCAAGCACGCCCUUCUGCUGAAGGAGCGCCAUGUCCUCAGCACUGAGCGCUUGGUCCAGCUGUUCACGCCGCUGCUGCUGGAGCGCCAUGCCACCUACAGCCACCAGGCCAAAGUGCUGCUGAGGACACUUGUGUCCCGGUCCAGUGAGGAGUGCCCCUCAGCAGAGGACGAGAGUGACUUGUCUUCUUCGUGUGGUCCUCCUCCUCUCCUGGCUGACGGUGAUGUGAAGCCUGCCAGGCCGAUACAGAAGCAACAGAUCCAAGAACUACAAAGUGCUGAAGAGGACAGCCAGGACGAAAGCCCUGUGGAAAGUGUUCCUAUUAGAGAGACAAAAGCUUAUCAGUUACUUAAACAAUCAGCCAUGCAGGAAAGGCUGCAGAGUUCUGAAGAGGAGGAGGAGGAGGACGAUGGCCUCUCAGGAAUAAAUCAUGGCCAUGAAGAGGACCUGGGGAGGGCCAAACGCUCCUCACAUCAAGACCCUUACCCUCGGAACUCAAAAGCUCACACUACUCUACAGUCCACAGCUUUCUGUGGGCACUCAGAUGACAGCGACUCGGAGAUUGAAGCAGCAUUGCGUCCUCAACCUUUCAACACAAACAACGACGACAUCGAUGGCUUCUGUGACUGAUAUUUCCCCGCAGAUGUUUUCUGAAAUGAUCUACAUUAUUCUGCUGCACAGUCUCCGGCAGUGUGGCUCGCGGUAAUUCACCCCCCUGACCAGUAUUUUAGUGAUCUGCAUUGUAAAUCAUAUGCACGCUGUAUCGUAAAAAACAAAUAAUAAAGUUGACAGCUCUCACGCUGGGUAAAGUGCGUGAAGAGUUGUCCAACACUCUGAUGUUAACCCUGCUUCAGUCUCUUUAUCUGAACAACUCUCCUGGCUCAUAAUAACAGCUCGAAAUAGAUUAAACUGAUCUUUUAAAGCGAUUUGUUUGCACUAGGCUGAAAAUCAUGCAUUUUGAAUGCCGCAAGCAUCUCCGAGUGCUCUACCUCCAGCAUGCUCGAGUGUACUGAUAUGAGUCACCUGUGAAAUGACAAAGCACAAUGGCCACUCUGCACGCUGCUGUGCGACCUGUGAACCUGCUGAAGAGGCCCAUCUCCCAGGGCACAAAGUGUUGCAGCGCUAACAAACUCCCAAUAUUUAGAACCGCCCAACAAACGCUCCACACAUAUUUUCACAGCUCCUUCUUUGAUGCCCACAAAGACGCACGUCUAAAUUCCUCUGUAUUAUUGUGUAAAUGAGUCACAAGCAGCCAGAUUGUUGCUGAAACCACAGAAUAGCCUUCUGCAAUUUAUCAUUUUGCAGCACGUUGAGCGCUCUGUAUCUAUUAAUAACUCGGAGCUACUGUGUGGGAGGCCACAUUCCUAAGUUUACAUUCCUAGUUCAUUAUGUCUGUAGUGUAAAUUUCCAAAUCUGCCAUUCUGGGAUGUGGUAAAAGCCCCUGGCAUUCAGUGUCAGCAGGAUUCCAUUAGUCAGCUUUAGGUGACUUUACAUGCCUGAACCUUUUUAAAUUAGGACUCCACAUUCAUUACCAAUAAUGGCUUCAGACAGCCCUGACCCACCACAGAAAAGGGACUGUGGCAGAAUAAUUUGGAGUUUGCUAAAAGGCUCCCUAACAUAAUAUCCAUGUUAAGGAGCAUGUCAACAGAUACUUGUGUGCGACAGAUAGCUCACGGUGGAAGCGGGAGUUAUAUUAUACUAAUGUGUACUAACACAAUAACAUUUUUAAAAAGGCACUUUUCUGAUUCCGUGCCAGAGAGACGAUGAGGAUGAAAUCCAGCUCAUUCUCCUCAGAGCGCGUGUAGUCAGAUGGGAGGACGUGGAAGUUUUUAUCUUGCAGUUAAGGGGUCCGUGCAGUGUCUGCAUUACUUGAUCUAUCAUGUCUAGGUUAGAGCUUGGCUCGGUUCUUACGGCAGUGGUUCUGUGAAGGUGAUCCUUGUUUAUUGUGAGGAGAUACAGAUUGUAUAAAGAGUGAGGGAGGAUGGAAAACAAAUUUAUUUUUCUUGAUAGUCCUACAAUACCACUUGUGUGAUGUCAAUGUGGAGCUAAUUCUUCUUAUUUCAUUUUGCUCCUGAACACUUCAAGUUUCCUAAAGAUUUUUUUUUUUUUUUUUUUUUUUUUUUUUUUUUUUUUAAAUCUCUUAUGUGGGCUUUUCUUCAUCAAUGGCCUCAAAAUGUAACCAGCAACCAUUAAGAGUGACCUUUGGGAUCAGUGAGCUCAUUUCUGAAGCGAUAUCUUUAGCUUUGUAAUGUAGUGUUUACCACGAUGCUCUGCAUUUUUACCCAAAUGAGAAAGCACAGCAAUGACGUGCACAACAACCAUGACUAUCGGCAACAUGUGACUACAUCUCGUGUUUCCUCUAAAUGCUAUGAGCCUUUAUGUGCCCAUAGAGCUCCACAGCUACCGUAUUUAAUAAAGGUCAAGGUCUGACACUAUGCAGCUCUUUGUUAGAUGUACAACUACAGUGUUUGUAAAAAAUAACGCGUCGGCUGUUUGACGACAGGCAACAUUUCAGUGGUGCUAUAACAGGUGAAUCACACAUCAAGCUUAUCGGCUACAAGCUUGAUCAUAAAUUGAGAGAUUCUUAAAUGUGGAAUUGUCUUUUGGGUUUAGACUGCUGUUGGGAUAAAACAAACAAGACAUUUGAAUAUCACAUCAUGGGCUCUUUUUCACUAUUUGCUGACAUUUUAUAGACCAAACUAGUUGUAGCUUGUAGCUGCCAAAUUUGAUGUUUAUAGUGAUAAUUUAGAUCGCUGACACAGUAUUUUUCGUCAAAUCGCAUUACAUUAGCUGUGCAGCAUGUACAGUACAGUGAGUAGACAUGAGGUGUCAUUGAUGUAUGGUAUGUUAUUCAGAAAUAUGGUGUUGUACAUAAAAAGUACAGUGAUAGAAUUGUGGGAACAAAGAUUUAGGACUGGACAAGGUUACAUGAUACACAAAAACAAAUAAAUAUACUUUUGAAUGUGAGCUCGCAAUAAAUCUUGUUUUAUGAGAAUGCAAGCCUGUUCCUUUCAGUCUGGCAUGCUAUCAAGUGCUGAGCUUAAAGCCAUUCGUGUUCAGUCCACAUCAAUUCAGCCUUUUUUUUUUUUUUCCUCACCAAUUGCUGCCAUGAGUGUCUGGAAAGUUGAGAGGAGGGUUUUGCUCCCUUACAAGCCCGAUUGACCUGCUUUUUGUCCAGACAACUUCCAAUAAGAAGGGGUCACUGUUCUUUCAUUGGUGUCUUGCAUUCUCGUCUCCUGCAUGUGUCUGAAUUGUUAACCCAAGACACUUGUGCAACUAGCAUCAGAAAUAGUGCAUGUAUCCCUCCAUGUUAGUCGAUUCCAUGCGUUCCAUGCAUGAGUAAUCAUGACAAACUAGUAUUGGUUUCUUUUUUGAAAAGUCUGCCAAUCCUCUUUGUGCUUUUAAAAUGGGAAUUAUGCAUGGAUUUCUGUUCGAGUAAGAUUUUAAUAUUGUCUGAAGUUGGGGUACACAUGCAUGAAAGCAAGUGGGAAAGUUAAACACAUUCAUCUGCUGGCCUAGGGUUUUGCUCUCACAUGUUUGUGUAAUAUAUUCCUGCCUGCUGGACAAGCCGAGGCUCUCGAAUGUGCACCUUCCAUUCUCCCCGAGCCUACUUUUAUUUUUUUAUCACUGAAUAAUCAUUAAGAGCAAGGCCAUUUUGAUCUUCUGCCUCAAUAGGCCUCAAUUAAAUAUUCAUUCAUUCAUUCUGAUGUGGCCUCCUCAGCACCUUCUUUGGUAUGUGUGUUAGAGAGACAAAAGGCUGUGCUUUUGAUUACACAAGCUUGGGCUUUUUCAAAGAGAUCAGCCACCAUUAUAUAGAGUUAAACAAUCUUUUCCACUGAUCAACAGAGUUGUUGGUAAAAUGUUUACUUUGCCAAGGAUGAAUGAAUUUGUCCUUGUCGGAACGAAAAUAAGUCAGUUUGCAAACCUUAAUUGAGUCUCCAAGGCUUUUGUUUCAUGUGUCGUGCUGUAGUGCCUUGAACUGCAACAAUUUAUCCGCAGCUACGCCCCAUUUGGUUUCCUUAUCGCCAAAAAUAUACGGGAUACCCUUUCAAUGUGAAAUUGUAACACCAUUAAAUUAUUUUAAUCUACAGGAAGUAUCAAACUCUAAAUAACAGUGUUUGCAGUUUUUCUUUUUGUAAAUAAAAGCAAUAUACAUGAGUACAACAUAUUAUUACAUUUGCCUUUUGGUCAUGUUGGUGUCAUGGGUGCAGGGAUGGCAAUCUUAGUCACUUGCUCUGUUGAUGCAACACUUUUGUAAAUAACAAUUUGAUGGAUAUAGGCAUGGCAUUUAAUACAUAAUCAUUGUCCACAGAGGACUUACUGCAUCGAUUUUCAUGAUCCCUCCCUGACUCUUAAGUUUGAUUAUUUACACCUGCUUUUCCUACUGUGACAUGUCAAAAUGUUUGUCAUGAAAAACAACAUCAAAGCAAAAGGACUUUGAGAUACAAACUUCAAUACAGGAUCAGUAAUUGGAAGUUUUUUUUCUUUUACAGAUGAUGAAAUAUUGAAUAUGGUUAUAUUCCCCUAAAUCCUGUUCUGUUGUAAUUACUUUUGCAUCUGAUUCAUUAUGUGUAAAACAUUGUUAUUUGUUCAAAUGUUACCAACAAUGUUUUGUUUUAUGUUUCAUUAACAAAGAGCUUUAGCCCAGUAAGGUGUUUUCUAAGGCUUUUAGUCGUCAUUCACUGAUGUAGUCUGUCAUAAUUAACAGCAUCUGUCUUGUUAUAAUUGCCACACUCAAUCACCAUAGAGACCCUUAAGUUAUUUUAAUGCUGCAAAGAUACUACACUUCUUUACCUUUUCAAGAUUUUAAUCAAAAUGAUUGACCGUGACUUAAGUGAAUUCAUCUUCUGUUCUUUGAGUUACUCAUUAUUUACUGCAAAAUAAAAAUGUAGCCAAGCAUCAUACACCUUGUCCAAAAUGGAAGCCAACCAGCUGCUAACACGGUUGUGAGACUUGUAACCAUUCAAUGUGUCACUUUUGUCUCCAAGCACGGUAACAGUCAUUUCGAAUCCUGUCAGCAAACAUGCUGGAGAAAGCGUACAAUGUAAAAUAAACAAAGAGAAAGCCUUAUUAGUAUUACACAAAAAAAAUAAUUUGGCUAUUGUUCUAGUUGUGAGUGCUUAUUAUUAUUAUUAAGUCUUAUUAUACCUUUUCACUAUAUGGAACAUGUCUUCAGCCCUGCCAUUGCAUGUAUCACUUGAUUCAGCAAGUAUCUGAAAGCGCAGUGGGUGAACAAUAGGUCCAAGGAUGAUUUGCACAUGAAUGAUGUCUGUGAAUGAGAGUGGGUUACAGAGGAAGGCUGUCUCUCCAUAGUCAGGGCAGGAAGGUUUCCUCCCCUCUGCCCCCACUCCAAAGACCAGGUGAGAUUCUCCGACACAAAGGGCCAAGUGAAAAUCUGUUCAGCAUGGACGCCUAAAACCCUUAUUAUGGUGAUGCUUUACGGAGGAUUUCAGUGGACCUAUAAAAAAGCACUGAGUUGCGC